GUUUUCCAUCUGUUGACAGCGAAUGUUGACAUUUUGCACAGGAUGAGCUCGAUUUGCCGGCUUGGGAUCAAGCAUCUUUUGCCUAAAGUGGUUCCCGGAAGCAACGUGUGUUGGAGAACAUUUGCCAGUAUGGUCGACGCCAAGCUUGAUGCGGUUCCGGUGGUGGAGAUCGAUGAAGGAAUCUUCAAGUACGUGCUGAUCAAAGUUUACGGCAAGGAAAAAACCGACGGCAGCGAACCAUCGAAGCUGAUCGUUCGCGGCUUCGAUCGGGCCCAGUGGCAUUCGGAUAUUUACGAUGAGGUUAGCUCGGCGCUGUUGGGGCUUGGGCUCGAGACGGAGUGUCUCGGCGGUGGACGGAUCGAGAACAGACCGGACCUGAAGCAGAUCAAGGUGUACGGCUACUCGCAGGGCUAUGGGAAGGCGGACCACACCGAAACGAGACGUUUGCUGCUAACCAAAUACCCGGACCACAACAUUACCUGUUCCGACGAAGGAUAUUGAGGAAGAAAUGAGCGUGGCACGGAACGCACACUCACACACUCACACACAUACACACGCAUGAUCAUGUGAGCUUUAUUUAUAUGAAAGGAUUUUGGUGCAGAAUACAUUAUGCAAUGUUUUAAGAUGUGAA